UUUGCUUGUCCAUCUCUAAACACCACGUCAAUUUUUUUUCUACACAAACAGAUCAAAAUAUUCAGGUUUGGCCCAGAUUUGGAAAUAUUUGAAGGAAACGAAAGAUAUUGAACGCUAUAUUGCGUUUAGCUUUAAAAUGGCGUACGUCGAUCAAUAUGGUCGUCUGUGCGAGAAACGUCCUUGGGACUUGAAACGAGUUUUGGACAUAUUCGUGGGUAUAUGGUUCGCCGUCAAACAGUUGUUUGCAUCGUUCCUGUCUCCAUUCACUGGAAAUGAUAGCAACGGAGAUAACUUCCGUCGAGGAAAUGGAUGGGGAAGUAGCAGCUGGGGUGGAGGGGGCGGUGGCGGUGGCGGUGGUGGUGGUGGCGGAGGUGGUGGCGGUGGCGGCGGCGGUGGAUAUCGCGGAGGCGGAUUAAGACCUAACCAACGAAUUGGGCGUAUUCCGCCCCCCUCCCAAUCCUGCAGUGCCGGAGGAUGCUGCGGCUAAGCCAAUAGUUCAUGCAUUUUGGUCCCCGGAGCUGCUUAACCAAAAUGCUCCAAUAAUUAAUCCAACUCACCUCUGUGAUGCGGCAAUUGAAGUAGAUAGGUUUUUGUUUUACGUUUAUAUUAAAGCUAUGUUUUAGUCAUAA